GUGCUUCACCCGAGCCAUUGCUACCGCAGCUGGGCUUGGCGCACGAGAACAUCCGCUACAUCGGAGGCGCCCGCUUUGACGGGGACGUGUCUGGCAGUGAGUGGGCGCUUUUUGGCAAAAGCUAUUGGAUGCUGCCUCGGGUGGAAAUCGCCGUGCAGCCCGUAGUGAACGUUAGCACGGGCUCGGCGGAAGGCAGCGAGGCUUCAAGCACUCCGGGUACACCAGUCGUAGGUGCACAGCAAGCGGAAGGCCGCAUGCUUCACAACGCAGUCCUGGCUCUGCAGCUGCGCUGGUGUGAGGAUUCAGAGCAGUCGCUGGAAGUCGAACGAGAGAAGGCUCUCCAGGCCUUGGAUCUCCUGCGACCCAUCGAGCCGAGCGGCAAACGAGCCGCCGUCGUCGCAAGCAGAUGCGACACCGUUUCACGCGAGGAUUUUGAGGCGCGAGUGCGAGAGGCACUCGAUGCAUUUGCACAGAAAAAAUUGAGCAAGGUGGUGCUUGCACGUCGCAUGCUUUUAAACCUUGUAUGGCGCGAGGACGCGCCAGAGCUCAUGCGCCAGGAGGAAGCUCCACCGGCUCCCCCGCGGUCCUCCAUCUUUGUGAUGCGCAAUGGUCGCUAUGAGCCGCAAAAUCUGAUGCCAGUCAUGCCUCGUCCGGACAUCUUGGACUUUGAUGGCUUUGUGUUGCGCCGUGGAGCCGCGAAUCGUGCACCCGUGAGGCCACCUGAUCUGCGACAGGCGUCUUUGGUGAAGAGCUCCAUCAGCUUGCGCAAAGCAACGGUGCAGGCAAAACCAGCGACUUCCUCUGGCCCCGCAUCGCCAAGCGCGGGAGGUCCAAUCAUCAUCACCUUCGUCUACGAUGCGCUACAAGCCGGACAAUUGUCCUUGUAUCUCCGCGUGAUAGAGGUGGAGCACAAUGAUACCGAGCCGGGGGGUCCAGUGCGACGGCGAGUGGAGCUGACCGCGGAAGGCUCGGAGGGAUCGGCGUCUGCUGGAAGCACUGAUCGGGUCGCGUUGGCAGCCAUCCCUCUGCACGAGAUGCGUUUUGAGAAGGGCUUGGGCCAGGUCUAUGUGAGCCCUGCUCUGGAAUUAAGCGACUUCUCACAGGAGCAGUUGCGCUUCAAUCCGGAGUUGCCGAGGGAGAUUCCUUUGGCUGUUCGCUUGGUCUUGGACUGUGAGGCGACUGCUGCUGAGGGGGAGAAUGAUGAGGCGCUGGAGGAACGAAGUGUGCAUUACACUUACAUCUCCCUGCAGAAGGCCAACGCCCUAGACUCGCCAAAAGCGGAAGAGGUGGAUGAGCGUCCACCCUGGUCAGCACACGUGAUUGGUCAGAAGUUGGAACAUUCGGGACAGUGCUUCAUCCUUCAUGAGGUCUUUGGAGCCGGUCCUACCGGUGACAGGUCGGAGACCAACGCGCCGCGUCAGAGUUUAGCUCACGAGCUGGAGGGCAACACAGACUGCGUAAUUUGCCUCAGUGAACCUCGAGACACGGCCGUCUUGCCCUGCCGACACAUGUGUUUCUGCAGCUAUUGUGCUGGCAUCGUGAGGCUCCAGUGUGAUCGCUGUCCAGUGUGUCGGCAAAAAGUACAGAGUUUGUUGCAGUUCAAACGCGAGGUGGUUGGAGCUUCGUACAAACGGCACUACCUUUUUCUCCUGGAGCCCCAAGAGGGCACCGCUUUCAUUAGCCUCUCCCCUGAGCGGCUCUGCAAGGUGCGAGGGAGAGAUGUUUGGACAGAGGCGGUUGCGGGCACUUGGCCCAUAACUGAAUUUCAGAAGAUUGGAGAGGCAGCGUUGCUGGCCAGCUCUGCAAAGCACAGUAGUGAGCAUCAAAUGGUGGUGGACUACAUCUGCAAGCUCCUGGACGACAUUGCCAGCCACGUGAAGGUUUGCGACACGCAUAUCCUGAAGCUGAAGCACUUGGUGCACAUCAAACAGUCGUACCACGCUCUUGCCAAGCAGGGUCCAUCCGGAGAUCCCUUUAACCUGGCGACCUUCUUUUGUGAACGCAUGUCGCCCACGCCUGCGGUUUGCGGCUUGCCAACUGAAGAUGCUCGAAACUUCAUCAACCAAGCAGAACCUUGGGAUCGCGGCUUCUAUGCCGCUCCCUGUGGUGUCCUUUCAGCGGAAAGUUGUGAACUCAUUGUGGCACUCCGCUCUGCCCUGCUCACGGAGGGUCGAAAGUUGCACGUCUAUGCUGGCGCUGGCGUGGUGGAAGGAUCCGAUCCCUCGGAGGAAUUCGAAGAGAUUAGCUUAAAGAUGCGGCAAUUCACCGAGGCCUUUGCGAAUGCGGAGCCGUGCAGCGUUCCAAAACUCAUGCAGCUUCCGAAUUUGAACACCUUGUGGGCGACAGUCAUUGUGGAAGAAUUGGUUCGCCUGAACGUGUGCAACUUCGUGAUAUGUCCAGGAUCGCGUUCGACUCCCUUGGUGGUGGCCGUGGCGCGACAUCAGCAGACCAGGCAUGUGGUGAAUCACGACGAGCGCUCGGGUGGUUUCUAUGCCCUUGGUUGGGCCAAAGGGAUCAACGAAGUCGUGGCAGUGAUCGUGACGUCUGGCACAGCAGUCGCAAAUCUUUUGCCGGCAGCCGUUGAGGCUGCACAGGCACAGGUUCCACUGCUGCUGCUGACCGCCGAUCGCCCAGCAGAGUUGCGAGACACCGGGGCCAACCAAACCAUUCACCAGCCGGGAAUCUUCGGCUGCUACACCCGCUGGGCUAAGGAACCUCCAAUGGUUGAUCACCAAGAACUGCAGUAUUCCCCGUUGCCCGUUUCUCCGAAGCACACCAUGGCGGCGGCUAAACGGCUCUUGGCCGUUGCUUUGUUGCUGUGGCAUGCUGACUCGGCCCUUUGGUAUCCCAAGAGCUACCGGAGCAGUGUGGUGGCCCUGGGUAACUUCUGCGCCUACCUGUAUUUGGGCUUUGAUUCAGAGAGGGACUGCAUCGUGGCCAACUUGGUCUUGAUUGCGGCACAUCCCAGCGAUGGUCGAGAUUCGGAAAAAGCUGGGGAAAAACGUGAACGAUUUCUCGACGGCAAGGCGCGCAUCUCCUUACGCUACGCGGCGGAAUUUCAGGUCAGGGAGAAGAGCCAUCGCUUCACCUUUGCUGAUGGUGCAGGCCCAUGGUGUCGCACUGCGGGAUGUCUGUGGACCUUCAACGCUCCCAAGGAGUAUUUUCCCGACGGCGAGCUGCGUUGCGUGGCGGAGCUCUGGUGCGAUCCCAAAACGGUCGGCUAUGAUCCCAACAAGAGGCGCAGAUUGGAUUUUGGCAGGGAGCUUUGGCAGGAUAUGAAGUUCACGGACAUGACGAUCUGUGCAGAAGAUGAGCAAAGCGAGUUGCCCUGUCACCGUGCAGUCUUGGCCAAGCGUUCGGAAGUCUUUGAUCGGAUGCUGAGCAGUGAGAUGACCGAGGGUCGAGAGCGGCGGAUUGUCAUCCGCAAUGCUUCGACUGCCGCCCUGCGAUGCUUAUUACAGUACAUCUACACGGAAGAGAUUCCCUCGGCGCCGUUGCAACAGUUGGGUGACCUCAUUUGCCUCGGAAAUCAGUACGGCCUCACAGCUUUGGCCGAAAGCUGCGCGGAGCGACUGUCUUCCAUGCUUUCUGCGCAGAAUGUGGUGCAAGUGCUACAAGUCCUGGGAAGAAACGAAGGUAUGUCAGUCUCGCUUGGACAGAUCUUGGAGCAGACCACGGCCAAGGUUUCCAGAGAUCCGGAGCUUAUGAGAGCCAUUGUGAGCCAACUCUGCAAGAUUCCAGGCGAAGAAUCGCCCAACAAAUGGGUCACGCCGAGGCGCCUCAAAGUGGACGACCAUGGCCGCUUUCGUGGUCCCGAUGGUCGCGUGCAGAUCUUCCACGGCCUCAACGUGGUGCAGAAGAGUUUCCCAUGGCAUCCCAGCACAGGAGCCUUUGACCCGUUCAGUUCCCUGAAUGCAGAGGAUAUGGCCAAUCUCCAGUCCUGGGGCUUCAACGCGAUCCGGCUCGGAGUGAUGUGGCCUGGUGUGGAGCCGGUUGAGGGCCAAUACAAUCACACCUACCUGCAGGUGGUUCGACAGCUGGUGGAUGACUUGUACAGCCAUGGCAUUUGGACCAUCGUAGACUUCCAUCAGGAUGCUUUUACCGAACGUUUCUGCGGAGAAGGGGUGCCAGACUGGCUUUUGCCGAAGUUGGAACCCAUCCAGAGGACUUGCUCUGGCUGGUUGCCCGAGGUGGCGAAAAUCUUUGGGCAGUGCAAGUCCUUUGCUGAUCUGAAUUACAGCACCGAUCCGAAGACAGGUUUCCCCAACACAAGUGACUGCCUGAGCAUUGGUUUUGAUCAAUAUUCAAGGACACCAGAAGUUGUGACCUCGUGGGGACAUUUCUUCUCUUAUGAGUCGAUCCAGCAGAAAUUCCACGGCUUUUGGAGGGUCGUGGCAUCGGCGUUGAAAGAUUCUGCAGGUGUUCUGGGCUAUGACCUGGUGAAUGAGCCCUUGAACGGUGACUAUUUCCAUGAGGUGGAUCUCUUAAAACCAGGUCUGGCAGAUCGAACUUUGCUGCAACCGCUUUAUGCCAGCGUUGGCCAAGUGAUUCAUGCGGAGGACCCAGGAGCCAUCCUGAUGUACGAGCCGGACACACUGCCAGCCUAUCUGCCUUUGGCCGGCGGAGUACGCCCUGUUGGCUUCACUCGUGGGCCCAGCAGCAACAGCACGCAGGCCUUGUCCUACCAUAUCUACUCUUGCGGCUUUGCGACAAACAAGUGCAACCGGAAGGGCGACCUUCCCUCCGAAGACUGUCCCAUUUGUGAUGAAAUGGCCUCAUCUGCUGUCGCGACGAGAGAGGCCGACGCACGGCGCUUGGGUGGUGGUGCUUUCAUGACGGAGUUUGGCGCGUGCUCAGGGACUCCCAUUUGCCUCUCCGAGAUCAAACGCAUCACAGAUCGGGCCGAUCGCGCUCUCCACUCCUGGGCCUACUGGCAGUUCAAGUACAGUCAUGACAUUACCACCGUCGCGGGACCGGAGGAAGGUUUCUACAACCUCGAUGGAUCCCUGCAAGAAAGCAAGGUAAAGGCGUUGUCACGGACCUAUGCGCAAUUCAUUGCUGGCUCUCCAUCCACCAUGCGAUACGACGCGGAGACGGGGGCUUUCCGCCUUCAAUACGUCACCACUGAGAUCACCAAGGGCGCCACCAAAAUCUUUUUGAACGAGAAGAUGAAUUAUCCCCGGGGCGUCCAGUUCAAUGUGCUCAAUGGCACCGGCAUCCGGCAUCAAAAUGAAGUGCAGGUUCUGGCAGAUCCAGGUCGUGAAGUGGACGUGGCCCUGGUCCGGGAGACCUUGGGUCCCUUCCAGGGCAGCUUUUCUUCCAAGGGAGGUGGCUUAGUUCAGUGGAACAUGACCUCCGCCGAGACCAGCGAGUUUGAACUCUCCUCAUCUGAGAAUGUCACCUGGUGGAAAGGCCUGAAGGUGAUCUCGGAUCAAGGUCAUGUGCUGUGCGAUCUGCAAGUCCAGGAGACCCGGGACCGGGAUCAACCUGACUUGGAGACUCUGGCCAAAGCACCCGAUGUGAGAUUCCAAUCCAUUGAUGCCAAGCUCUCCAAUGCCUUGAGGAAAGUCAUUGACAAUGCUGGGGAUAAGUCCAUGCAAGUGAAGUAUGACAUGUCCAUGAAGAACCAAAUGUAUGGGAGGAGUGGAGACUUCAUCAAGGGACGAGAACUGUUCGCAAUGGUCUUGAUUAGUUUCAAGUCGCCUGACCACACUGAGGUUCUCUACAACGCCCAUCAUUUGUACAUGUUCAACUACUAUGGAGAUGACCAACUUGAGGCCUUCUACAACAAGUGGCUUGACAUCAUAUACAACAUGAAACAUGAUGAUCUGCCUUCUGCAAAUUCCCUGCGUGACACAUUGUUCCGGAAGAUUGAACAUUCAAAGCUUAUGUCUUUCGAUAUCAGCCGAUAUAAAACCUACGAUGAAGGGCAUCCUGAAAAGACUUAUGAAUUUCUGACCAAUAUGAUCAAAGGAUACAUAGCGCGAGGGAAGCAGGAACGACUGUUGAAAGAUAGAGAACGUGCAGUGAAACUGUCAUUGUCCUCUAACAAGACAACACCUGCCCUGGAAGACGCAGACAAGCCUGCUGCUCCCAUUAAGACCAAGAAGGAGAAUGAAGCAGCUGCAUAG